AUGGCCCCUUCCCGAUUAACCCAAGUUCCACAAGCGGUCCUCGACCUCAACGGCGACCUAGAAGAACUAGUCUACAUCAAGGCGAUAAUUGGAAUCUACGACCGAACAAUGCUGGAAAUCGUCAACUCGACAACAACACCCGCGCAGCUCAAUCUAGACCAUGGGUCCUGGCUGCAGGCCAAGUCGAAAGUAGCAUCUUUGCACCGGAGCAUCGUGGCGGAUUUCAAUCGGCUGCCGCGUCAUAUGAAACGCACAUUUGUGAGGGCUAAUCGCUUGACUCUGUCGGAGCAUGGGUUUCAACCAUCGGCUGACAACUUGGAGAUUACUCGUCCUGGUAGUAGAAGGGUUAUCAUUGUGCUUUAA